AUUCGCGGUGCUGAAGUGUUCUUCCGUCAUCUUACUAUCGCCAUCAAAGAGUUCCUGCUCUCGUUUCUGAAUCCGCCCCCCCUUUGUACUCCGCCAUUCACCCUUCACUCUUAACCACGUCUCCCGCCUUCAUCCGCGGCUAGCCGAUCUAGUCGCCUUCCAUCGAUCGAUCGCCCAAUCUUCCUCUUUGCCGCCUUCUUUUCCCAGUCGCUUCACGCCACUUCAUUUUUCUGUUUUGCUUUGUUUCCUUACUCGAUUUCUUCACCAUACACCAACUCUGCGUCAGUUCAUCAAUAUUUUCUUAACCCACGCAUAAGUCUCCGAAAUAUCAACUUUAUAAUGCAGCCCAAGCGAACGGCGGAAACCCGCAACUCUACUACGAAACGAGCUCGAACCGUCCAAAGCGGGAAAGACGAGACUGCUGAUCCUCCAGUCGCCGUUGCGGAAGACAUUCGGUCUAUUGACUCCAGACUCAAGGGCAGAGCGAAAGGGAGGAAGGGGAAAAACAAAGCGGAAGGCACAUCUGAUUCUCCACCUCCUGGUCCGAAGAAGCGGGUGCGCAAACCUUUCGCAGCAAAGGAAGCCACAUGGAGGGAUAUUCCCGAUUGGGGGGAUAGGACCGACGUACCGCUGUUCAGGCUCCCAGCGGAAGUGCUUGACCUGUGUUUUGGGACCAAGCUCAAUUUGGGACUACAGCUACGAGACUAUGUGGCUUUAGCUGGAGUAUCAAGGUACUUCAGGUUUCAUUUUACGGACGACGUGUUCCGAGAAAUCUACCUCAAGUCCCAUCCCAAUUACAUGAAGCUCCGCCCUUGUGCCCGUCGAUCCCCUAUCAAACACUCCCAGCUCAUCUUCACUCGUGCUGUAAAAGAUUGGCGUCAAGAUCCCCCUCUCAAAAGAUUUGACCACCUCGAAAUUCAUAUGCGUUCCAUUCCUCCCCGUGAAGAGUGGACACAGAAGGAUUACGAGUUUGUAAUUCGAGCCGAUAAGAUAAUUGCCCAAGCGAGACAGAUCUGGGCGGACGCUAGGGCCGAAAGGGCGAACAUCAAGAAGGAGAAGAUGAAGAAAAGGAGAGUGUUGAGGAAGGUCAUUGUGGACGGUAUUUCACGAACUGUACUUGCGACAGUACCUGGCUUAAAGCACGGGGAGACUCAGGGGCCGAAGAAUGAGUUGGGGGUUCCGAUAAUGACGGAUGAGAACGGGAAGGAAAUUGGUCUGGGUGCAAGCCAUGCAGAGGAAGGGAAUGAUGGUCAUGAUGAUGAUGAUGAUGAAGAAUCCGACGACGAGCUUAAUUUCUACUCAACUUUGCAAGAAUGGGAAUGGGAAGAAUCUGUUCACAAUAAGGAUGGUGAACUAUGGCAAAAGAUUUACAAACUGGAAGACAAAAUGAGAUUGUUGAGGAGGACGUAUGAUAACUACGACAAGGGCGAGGAUUUCAGCGAUCUUUCAAGCGAAGACGAAGCAGACGAAGGCAAGGAAGGCGACAGGUCAACGCGCAAGAAGGGCAAAAAGAAGCAAACCAAAAAGUUUGUUCGGGAUCCAAACUGGGUCUUGCCUCCCGAGGAAAAACCAAAGAGACCCCAUGCAACCUUGGUCGAGUAUGAUCCAUUGACGGGAGAGAGACUGCCCCAUGACGCAUAUCCAAGCCCAUGGAGAGCUAGAGCUGUUGAAGCUGCAAAUAAGAAAUUCAUCAACCGAGCAGAUGCAAUAAGGGUGUUCAAAGUAGGAGAAGCAGAGCUGUUAUGCUUGAAGCACUACCUUGUGCCGAAUCCCUUGAAUCCUAAAACUCCAUCGAGCAUUUACUCCCUUGCGGCCAUCCAAGCUCUUGCUCUUCGUUCUCAUGGCGGUCCUAUUGGCCAUCAUUACCAUGUUGAAUCUGCCAAUGAAAGAGCCUUGAAGUCUCUAGCCACCCGACAAGCCAAUGCGGCCAAACGCAAAGCCGAUCCCACUUACGUUGAAAAAGAACCGAAAUCGAGGCAAUACCCCCAGACUACCGUUGAUCCUGAUGAUAUUGGCGCCAAGUAUGGAGUGGACAAGGAUUGCGGGAUCUGGCAUUAUCAAGGCACGUUCAUCGAUUUCGUCGCUGAUUGGAGGGAGCACAGGGCGGCCAAAGCCGCGAGGAAAGCUCAGCGCGUUGCCAAUGGAGAGGGUUCUGAGACUUCUGAUGAAGACGGCUCUUCUCAAGAUGAGCUGCUUCCUGUUCCAAACGUCCCUUGGAAUGAUGUUAAUGAAUACAUGUAUUCAUUUACUGAUGAAGAGGAUGAUCUCUGGUAGUUAUGUAUAGGAUAUAAGCUAUUUGUUUGUAUACCCAAAGGGUUCCGUGUAAAUCUUAUUGUUGGACCUUUUCAAUGCAUGCAAUUAUGUCGCAGAGUGG